UUAAUGUAUUACCAAUGAUGUGAUGACUGUAAUGUUGUGACAGUUGUUUGAGUGAUAAGUCUUCAAGUUUUUGACCACUGAUUGUCAGUUUGAUAGCAAUCAACCAAUUUGUUUGUCAUCAUAACGAAGAUUAUCUGAUCCUAUCGUCACUGAGAUAUCAUGAGAGGUGAUCACAUGUCUGAUGGACUGAUGGAGUCCGACAAUAGACAGAGGACUGAUAGGUUGGCGCAGAAGAUAUCUUCACUCAAGAAUUUUGCAAUCGAUAUCGAAACGGAAACAAAGGAACACAACAGACUAUUAGAAGAAGUGGACAACGAUUUUGAUAGUAAUUUAGGUUUUCUAACCAAUGGUCGCAAUCGUGUAAACCGUUUAUUACAAUCCAAUCGUCAAAAUAGGCGUUUCAUGUGUUACUUGUCAUUAAUAUUGACUUCAAUAUUCAUAUUUAUGUAUUAUUUGAUAACAAAAUCAUUAAAUACAAGUUAAU